AUGCAAGAUGUAAAAACAUACCUUUCUACAGCACCCGUAUUAGCGACUCUAUGGUUUGGAUUUUUAGCUGGUUUAUUAAUAGAAAUUAAUCGUUUUUUUCCAGAUGCUUUAGUUCUUCCUUUAUAA